AGCGGCCACGGUCCCGGCAAGCUUCGCGCGCUGGCGUCACGCGAAGCCGCGCAGGGGCGGGGCUGCGGCCGGGGAGGUGCGACCUAACGGCUCCCGCGGCGGUUCGAACUCUGCGCGGUCGGCGUUCGCUCGGUCUCCAUCCUAGUGAGUCUGAGACUUCCACACCGUGGCUCGGGACAGGGUCCCAACGCAGCCGUGCGUCGUCGUCUGGUGGGUCUCUCCCCAGCUGCGGCUUGGUGAAUCUCUCAGGGAGAUAGAAGAAAUUUUUUAAAGAAAUGGAAUCACGUUCAUCAGACUAUUAUAAUAAAGACAAUGAAGAAGAAAGUUUGCUUGCAAAUGUUGCAUCAUUAAGACAUGAACUGAAAAAAACAGAAUGGAGUUUGAAGAAUUUAGGGCAAGAGUUAUCCAGUGCUAGUCCAAGUGAAUAUUCUGAUUUUGCCUCUAACCCCUCAAGGUUUGAAAAACUUAUUUUGGAAGAUCUUAUUCAACCUACCCACCGGGAACUUUUGAAUUACUCAUCUUAUAAAAACAUUUGUAAAACGUCCACUAGCAGCUCUGAUUUUCAGAAAAAGGCAAAAGAUAAGGUAUCUGCUCCUAUGGAUCAGGAAAUUAAAAGUCUGCGAGAAAAACUUGAUAAACUUAGGCAACAAAAUGCUUGUUUGGUCACACAGAAUCAUUCUUUAAUGAGUAAAAUAGAAUCAAUCCACUUUGAACUAACACAGUCAAGAGCAAAAAUUUCUGUGCUUGAGUCUGCUGAACAACAGGCAGCAAAUAUCCCCAUCUUGGAAGAGCAAAUUUUAAAUUUGGAAGCAGAAGUUGCGGCUCAAGACAAAGUUUUGAGAGAGGCAGAAGAUAAAUUAGAGCAGAGCCAGAAAAUGGUGAUUGAAAAAGAACAGAGUUUGCAACAGUCCAAAGAGGAAUGUAUAAAGUUGAAGGUAGACUUACUUGAACAAAGUAAACAAGGGAAAAGAGCUGAACGACAAAGAAAUGAAGCACUAUAUAAUGCUGAAGAGCUGAGUAAAGCUUUCCAACAAUAUAAAGAAAAAGUGGCGGAAAAACUGGAAAAGGUUCAAGCUGAAGAAGAAAUAUUAGAGAAAAAUCUAGUUAACUGUGAAAAAGAAAAUAAAAGGCUACAAGAAAAGUGUGACCUGUAUAAAAGUGAACUUGAAAUUCUGAAGGAAAAAUUAAGGCAUUUGAAGGAAGAACAUAACAAUGGAAAAGAAAAAUUAAGAAUUAUGGCAGUGAGAAAUUCAGAAGUCAUAACACAAUUGACUGAAUCUAGGCAAAGUAUUCUAAAGUUAGAAAGUGAGUUAGAGGACAAAGAGGAAAUACUGAGAGAAAAGUUUUCUCUAAUGGAUGAAAAUCGAGAAUUAAAGGUCCGAGUUGCAACACAGAAUGAACGACUGGAUUUGUGUCAGCAGGAAAUUGAAAACUCAAGGGUAGAACUAAGAAGUUUGGAAAAAAUGAUAUCACAGUUACCAUUCAAAAGAGAAAUACUUGGUUUUAAAUCGUCUCAUUCUAAGCACCAGAUGAGUGGUUUGUCAAACAAAGAAGAAAGUUUUGUUGGCUGCUGUGAGGCAAAUAAAUUGAUGAUUUCAGAAUUGAGGAUUAAACUUGCAAUAAAAGAAGCAGAAAUUCAGAAGCUUCAUGCAAAUCUGACUGCAAAUCAGUUAUCUCAGAAUCUUACUCUUUCUAAAGAUAGUCAAGAAAGUGGCAAAUUAAAUGCUUUAGAAACAGAACCUGUAAAACUAGGUGGUGAUCGAGUCGCAGAGAGAAUAAAAGAUCGAAGUCAAUAUACUGUGAACAAGCAGUAUGAAAGAGAGAGGCAAAAACUUGCUACUGGAAUAGAGGAGCUACGUACUAAGUUGAUGCAAAUAGAAGCUGAGAAUUGUGAUUUGAAAGUUAACAUGGCUCACAGAACUAGUCAGUUUCAGCUGAUUCAAGAGGAGCUACUAGAGAAAGCUUCGAAUUCUAGUAAACUAGAAAGUGAAAUGACAAAGAAAUGUUCUCAACUUUUAACACUAGAAAAACAGCUAGAAGAUAAAAUAGUUGCUUAUUCCUCUAUUGCUGCAAAAAAUGCGGAACUUGAACAGGAGCUUAUGGAAAAGAGUGAAAAGAUAAGGAGUCUAGAAACCAAUAUAAAUACAGAACAUGAGAAAAUUUGUUUAGCUUUUGAAAAAGCAAAGAAGAUUCAUCUUGAACAACAUAAAGAAAUGGAAAAACAAAUUGAAAGACUUGAGUCUCAACUGGAGAAAAAGGACCAACAAUUUAAAGAGCAAGAAAAGACUAUGUCCAUGUUACAACAAGAUAUAAUGUGUAAACAGCAUCAUCUUGAGUCACUUGAUAGACUUUUGACAGAAAGCAAAACGGAAAUGGAAAAGGAAAAUAUGAAGAAAGAUGAAGCUUUGAAAGCAUUACAGAAUCAAGUAUCUGAAGAAACAAUCAAGGUUAGACAACUAGAUUCAGCAUUAGAAAUUUGUAAGGAAGAACUUGCCUUGCAUUUGAACCAGUUGGAAGGUAAUAAGGAAAAGUUUGAAAAACAACUCAAGAAGAAAUCUGAAGAGGUAUAUUGUUUGCAGAAAGAACUGAAGAUUAAGAGUCACAGUCUUCAAGAGACCACGGAGCAAAAUGUUAUUCUGCAGCACACUCUUCAGCAACAGCAGCAAAUGUUACAACAAGAAACAAUUCGCAAUGGAGAGCUAGAAGAUACUCAGACUAAACUUGAAAAACAGGUAUCAAAGCUGGAACAAGAACUUCAAAAACAAAGAGAAAGUUCAGCUGAAAAGUUGAGAAAGAUGGAGGAAAAAUGUGAAGCAGCUAUACAUGAUGCUGACUUGAAAAGGCAAAAAAUUAUUGAACUUACUGGUACUUCCAGGCAAAUAAAACUGGAGAUGAAUCAUUAUAAAGAAGAACUGUCUAAAAUGGAAAAAGAAGUAAUGCAUCUUAAACGAGAUGGAGAAAGUAAAGCGAUGCAUCUCUCUCAGUUAGAUAUGAUCUUAGAUCACACAAAGACAGAACUAGAAAAAAAAACAAGUGCUGUGAAGGACUUAGAGAAGUUACAGCAGCACUCAGCAAAUGAGCUAACAGAAACCCUGCAGAGACGAGAGGCCCUGGAGAGUGAGCUGCAAAAUGCUCAUAGGGAGCUGAAAAGUACUUUAAGACAGCUGCAGGAAUUGAGAGAUGUGCUACAGAAGGCCCAAUUAUCCUUGGAGGAAAAAUACACAACUAUAAAGGAUCUUACAGCUGAACUUCGAGAUUGCAAGAUGGAGAUUGAAGACAAAAAACAAGAACUCCUUGAAAUGGAUCAGGCACUUAAGGAGAGAAAUUGGGAACUAAAGCAAAGAGCAGCUCAGGUUACACAUUUGGAUAUGACUAUUCGUGAACACAGAGGAGAAAUGGAACAAAAAAUAAUUAAAUUAGAGGGCACUCUGGAAAAAUCACAACUGGAACUUAAAGAAUGCAACAAACAGAUAGAAAGUUUAAAUGGGAAAUUGCAAAAUGCCAAAGAGCAACUUCGAGAGAAAGAGUUUAUAAUGCUGCAAAAUGAGCAGGAGAUAGGUCAACUGAAGAAGGAAGCUGAAAGAACACAACAAAGGAUAAAAGAAAUUGAAAAGGUUAUGAAAGAGCAGGAACAGUUCAUUGCUACACAGUACAAGGAGGCCAGAGAUUUGGGACAAGAAUUGAAGCUAACCCAAGAGCAGUUGCAGAAUGCUCACACAGACUUGGUGGAGGCUCGUCAUCAACAAGUCCAAGCACAAAGAGAAAUAGAAAGGCUAACAAGUGAAUUGGAUGAUAUAAAGCAACUUUCUAAAGAAAAAGAAGUUCACAGAAAUCAUUUAGCUGAAGAAUUGGGGGCAUCUCAAGUACGUGAAGCUCAUUUAGAAGCAAGAAUGCAAGCAGAAAUCAAGAAAUUAUCAGCAGAAGUAGAAUCUCUCAAAGAAGCUUAUCAUAUGGAGAUGAUUUCACAUCAAGAAAACCAUGCCAAAUGGAAGAUUUCUGCUGACUCUCAGAAGAGUUCUGUUCAGCAACUAAAUGAACAAUUAGAGAAGGCAAAACUAGAGUUAGAAGAAGCUCAGGACACUGUAAGCAAUUUACAUCAACAAGUUCAAGACAGGAAUGAAGUAAUUGAAGCUGCAAAUGAAGCAUUACUUAUUAAAAAAUCAGAAUUAACCAAAUUACAAGCCAAAAUUUCUGGACAUGCAAAGGCAGAAGAUACCAACUUCCUGUUAGCCCCAGUUACACCUCCAAAACAAACUGUAUCUGAUAGUCAAGAGCCAGAGUUUGGUGAAAAUUCUCACACAUCUUUUUUGAAGUGCAGAAAAUUACGUCGUUCUAUUAGUGCCAGUGACCUUAGUUUCAAAACUCAUGGUAAUGAAGAUCCUUCUGAAGAGUUACUACAGGACUUAAAAAAAAUACAAUUAAAACAGCCUUCAACGUUAGAAGAAAGCCAGCCAGACUCAUUUAAACCUCUAACAUAUAAAAUAGAAGAUGAUCGUUCUGAGAGUAAUGACUUUAGUACUCUUAGUGGAAUGCUAAGGUACAUUAACAAAGAAGUUAGACUAUUUAAAAAGUCCUCUAUGCCAACAGGUGCUGGUUUAACUCAGGAAGAAAGUUUGUGAUUUAAAGAAGAUGUCUACGUGAUGAAAAUGGAAUUGUUGGUACUGUGCUGUUUGCUUUUAAUGUUUAGCUCAUACUUUAUAGAAGAUGUAUUUUAGUGAUUUCAAAUAAAUUUUAUAUUGUAAUAUUUUUAAAGAUAGCCUUUUCAUCUAAAAUUUAAUUGUAUUUUUAGUAAAUUAUAUUUUUAGUAAUUUAGUGAAUUAAUUCAUUUUAUUCAUUACUUUUGAUUUAAACCUGCUGCUUUUCUUGUCUGUUUUUUCAAUGUAAAAAUCAUUGUUAAAAUAUGUAAAAAGUACACGGAGUUACUUACAUUUUUAUCAUAUGCUGUAUUUACUGUUUUUCUAGAUUUACUAUUUUUUAUAUUAAUAGUAAGAAUUUAGAAGUCAUUCUGAGACAGGUUCAUAAUUAUACUAACUUCAUAAUUCAUAUUUAUAGUUCAUAAUUAUAAAUACUUGUUAAGUGUUUACUAUUUAUCAUGGACUGUUUUAGGCAGUUUAUAGUUAUUAAGUUGCUUUUUUUUUUUUUUUUUUAGCUGUGCAGUUCAGGGGCUGGGCUUGAACUCACUAUAUAGCCAAGGCUGGCGUCAAACUCACAGCAAACUUCCUGCCUCAGCCUCUCAAGUGCUAGGGUUAUAGGCAUGUGCCACCAUCCCUGAAUAAUUAACUCCUAUGAAGUAGAUACAGUAUGUUGUUAUUUCUUUUUUAUAGGUGGAAUUAUUUAACAUAAAUGAUGCACUCUAGUAAGCUUUUACUACAUGCUAGAGACCAUGACUGAUACAUAAUCAUGACUCAGCAUUUGGGUGUUAUUUUACCUUGUUUAAAUAGUAAGUUGAAUCACGGCAUAUUCUUUUAAUAAUCCCAGCCUUUUUGUUGUUUUUAGAGGGAGUUUAUCAUGAUUUUAAUUUAGUUUUAUUGUGUAGCAUUUAUUCAAGGGUUUGGUCUUAUUCCCAAAGUUUGGCCUUUAGCAUGUUUACCUAAGAACUGUAACUAUUUUAAGUAUUUUUGAGGGUUAAAGGAAAAGAUAGACAUAACCAGUGAACAGAUGGGAGGAGUCUUAGCAGACAAAUAGAAACUAUUAUAGGGAACCAAUUCUAAAAUAAAAAAAGUAUAGUAUCUCAAACAUUAAAAUUCUUAGGAAGGGCUUCAUAAAAAUUUGGGAGUGACAGAAAAGUUAGUUGACUAAAAGACUGGUAAAGAGAAAAAUAUCCAGUAUGAAAAACAAAAGAGAAAUGAUGGAAUAAAUAAACAGUUUUCAAAAAAAGAAUAGCCAAAAGAUAAUAUUAAGAUGAGAAGAAAAAAAUGGAGCAGGAAAAAAAGUAUUUAGAGUACAGCUGAAGUACUCCAAAUUUAGUGAAAACAAUUAGAACCAAUAGAUCCUGUAAGUUCAGUAAUUCAUAAAUAGAAUAAGUACAAAGAAAAAUGUACCUAAACAUAAAUUAUAAAAAUCCUAAAUACCAAAAUAGAAUAUUUUUAAAACAGACAUCCAGGCAUGGUGGCACACACCUGUAAUCCCAGUACUUGGGAGGCUGAGGCAGGAAAACCAUUGCAAGUUUGAGACCAGCCUGGGCUAUAGAGUGAGUUCAGGGCUGGCAUGAACCGCAUAGGGAGAUGCGGUCUCAAAAAAAAGUCUAAUCAGAAAUGUUACAUUUUUGGGGGCUGGAGGUUUAGCUCAGCGGCAUAAGCACCUGCCUUACAAGCAGGCAGUCGUGAGUUCGAUCCCUGGUACCGAUAAAAAGGAAAAAGACAAAAAAAAAAAAAAAACGAAAUGGUACAUUUUUGAUACAAAGACACCAAAAAAUUAAAAGUAUGGCAACAGUUAAGCCAGAGAAACAGUAAAUAUAAGAAAGUAACAAGUCUAUAUUAAUAUUAGACAAAGUAGACUUCACAAAAACAGGAGUAUUGCCAGAGAUAGAGGAGGAUAUGUAAUAAUGGUAAAUGGAUCCACUCAAUAGGAAGACAUGUUCCAAAAUAUAUAACAGACCAGAUGAAAUAAAGAACUAAGCUAAACUAACAAACUAAAGGGAGAAUGGAAAAAUCCACAGUGACAAGAUCCACAGUCCAUUUUUUAGUAAAUUAAAGAAUAAAAGACCAAAAAAACUCAGUAAAAUGUUUUGAACCCUAUCAGUAGCAGCUCAAAUGACUUAACUGACAUUUAAAGAAUAUUAUAUACAAGUAUAGAAUAUACAUUCUUUACAAGUCAAUCUGGAAAAUUAAGAAUUUGUGGUGUACCAUAAUUUAAGGAGUAGUAAAUUUCAAAAUACUGAGAUCAUACCAAGAUAUCUAGAAAAUCUUCAAAUAUUAAUCCCGCUAUAUAAUGAGUCAAAGAAUGUCUAAAAGAACUUUCUAAAUUAUCUUUAGUAAUAUAAAUACAAUAGAUAAACUUGCCAGAUGUAGCCAACGCAGUACUAGAGGGAGAUUUAACACUUUAACUGCUUACAUUGUAAUAAGAGAAACAAAGGUUUAAAAUUUCUGGUUGACCCAGGCCUAUGAUUCCCAGCACUUGGGAGGCAGACACAGGAGGAUUGCUGUGAAUUUAAGGCCAGCCUGAACUGCAUAAUGGAACCUUGUCUCAAAAAGACGAAGGAAGGAAGGAAGGAAGGGGAAAAAGAGAAACAGAAAAAAGAGAGAGAAACAAAGGGAAAAAGAAAGUCAGUGACAUCUAACGAAAACAUCUGGUAUGGAUUAAAUAAUGACAUGUGUGAAAUAAUAGUAUGCUACCUGAAUGCAGUAAAUAGUAAACUACAGCAGCUAUUACUGAGGCAGGUGUAAUUCUAUUGUGAGCCCUGGAACUGGAUUAAUUCUGAUCAGUUUGGAGCCUGGUCUUGCUACUAUUUGCUGUGUAACUUUGAGCAAGUUAUUUAAUUUUUCUGUGGUUUUGUUUCCUCAACCGUAAAAUACAGUAAAAUAAUGGUACUUACCUCAAAUGAUUAUUGUGAAUGUUAAACAGAAAAAUAACCUGGCACAUAAUAAUUGAUCGUUAAGUGCUAUCUAGGUUGUGCUAGGUUAUUCAUUUUUUUAUUCAACUUAGUAUCAUGGUGGCCUGUCACUUCAAAUCUCUUUCUUGACAUUAUGCUAAGAUUUCUAGUUCAUUAGUUUUAGGAGGAAAAUGUCAAACUUAUUAACUGUCCUCCAUUUUUCUCCACUAUGUUUAAGCUAAUUUUGCACUAAAGGCAAUUCAUCUUCUUUCUUCAUAACAGUUUUAGCUGCAUCAUGGCCACAUGCUGUAUUUCUCAAUUCCUCCUGUAACUAAGUUCUUGCCAGCAGAACAAAAGCAGAAAUGAUGUGUGGCAUGUUAGGCCCAGACAUCAGUGUUUUAUAUAUGUGCUCCUUUGAGCUAGGAUUGCCUGACAUCAAACUUCAACCAUGCAGAUGAGGAAAAUACUGUAGGCAGAAAACACAAAAAAAAGGAACCUGGGUACCCAUGUGAACUGGAGCACUGGUAGACUACAUGAGUGAGAAAUUAUUUUAUAAGCCACAGGCUUUUGAGAAUCUCUUUGUAAACUAACUUAAACUCACCUAACAUACACAUUUGUUUUUCUCUAUCAUUGCCUAAACAUCUUUCUUGGUUCUUUAUCUGUUUCGCUCCAUCUGUGUCAAACCUAAGUGGUUAUGACAUGACUUCCACAUGACAUCCAUGUUUAGCAAGUGACUUCACUUUCUGCUUCAGAGAAAAAAGGGCAGCCAUCAGAAGAGAAAGCACACACUUUUAUGCCCCUAAAUUUAUAAACUUAGUCUGAGUCUGCAUUCAUUUACCUUUUUGUCAUCUCAUUAAAAACUGGGUAUCCUGGGUAAUCUGUCUACCUGAGAUUUGAAUCCCUUUUUAAAAAUUUCCUUCCAUACUUCUUUUUCUCAUUUAUUUCCUUGCAACUGUAUCUUUGUUUUUUUCUUAUGUCUUGGUUUUUCCCACUACUGUGGUCUGAAUGCUUCUAUCAACCAAAAUUCACAAGUUAAAAUCCAGAGCCCCAAAUUAAAUGGUAUAUUAAUAAGUGGGGCCUUUGAGAGAUGAUGGGAUUGAUACCUUUAUUAAAGGAGCCCUAAGAGAGACUCUUUCACUUUUCUAUGAGCAAAAAGGUGCUGACUGUGGACCACAAAAGGUGUCCUCACCAGGCACCAAUCUACUGCAAUAGUUUUCCCAGCCUCGAAACUGAGAAAUAUAUUUUUAUUUCUUGUAAGCAUCUUAGUUUAUGGUAUAAAAUGGAACGACUAGGAUGGACUAUGACAACAUUAAACUUAAUCAAAUUUCUAACCCAAAACAAAAGACUCUUCAGCUCACAUCACUAGUCUUAACUACCCAUCUCCUCAUAUAAUUUCAUGAAAAUUAUUUAACAAAAAAAAUAAGAAAUCGGGCUGGGAUUUAGCUCAGCGGCAUAAGCACCUGCCUUGCAAAUGCUUGGUCAUGAGUUCGAUCCUUGAUACCAAAAAAAGAAGAAGAAGAAGAAGAAGAAGAAGAAGAAGAAGAAGAAGAAGAAGAAGAAGAAGAAGAAGAAGAAGAAGAGAUAUCAUGAAUUUUAUUAUAUAUAGAAACCUGUUUUAAGAUCCUAGUGAAAAAAUUUUGUGUUAGUUUUCUAUUACUAUACAAAAAUUUAGAGACAAAACAACAACUCUUUAGUAAUUUUUUUUGAGUAAGGAGUGUGACCCAAGGUGCUCUACUGCUAAUAUGUCCCCUGCUCUUUUUAUUUUUUAUUUUUAAAUAGGGUUUCACAAUAGAUUGCCCAGGAGGGACUUAAAUUUGCAGUAUUCCUGCUUCAGCUUCCCCUCAGUGCUGGGAUUACAAACUCAGCUAAUUAAUAAUCUUAAUUGCAUCUGAAAAGGUCCUUCAUGGAAAAAGUUGUACUAUUGUUUGAAUAAUCAAAAAGAUAAAAAUUUCAAGGUAAUUGUAAGAAUUUUUCCAAUCACAGUCAUACCAACAAAAGUAUAAAAUUAUUGAGCACUUACUAUCUUAUGGGAAUAUCCUGAAGCCUGAAGAUACAAAAUAUUUAGUCAGAUACCUUCAAAGGAUCUAGUUGUGUGCCACCAUUAUAAAAGAAAUAUUUGUGCCAGGUAUGGUGUCCUUACCUAUAAUUCCAACACUUGGGAGACUGAGGAAAAAGGAUCUCCAACUCAAGCCGAGUCUGGGCAACUUAGUGAGUUAGCAAAAUCCUCUCUCAUUAAAAAAGGGCCAGGCACCUGGUUCAGUGUGAAAGCUCUGGGGUCAGUCCUCAGUACUAUUAAAAAAUAAAAAUAAACGUUUGUAUAAGAAUGUGGUUCUGAGCCAGGCGUGGUGGUGCAUUUCUGUAAUCCCAGCACUUGAGAGGCUGAGGCAGGUGGGUUGUGGCAAGUUCGAGACCAGCCUGGGCUACAGUGAGCCUAAGGCCAGCCUGAACGGCAGAGGGAGACCCAGUCUCAAAAAAAAAAAACAAAGAAUGUGGUUCUAGGAAGAGAACAAAAAGUCAACAAGAAGCAAGCCCUCCUGACAAAUUAGCACCAUAUGCUGACUGCUGAGGGGAGAAGCAGCCUUUUUCCAUGAGUCGGUGGCAUUCACACACUGCAGGGGAAAAGAACAAGUCACCAAGAAGCAAGCCCUCCCGGUGAAUUGGCACCAUCUAGAGGGGACAGCCAGACCUCGGCUUUUUAACAGCUUUUUAUUUCUUUUCAGUAAGUAAAACAAUUCUGAUUUAUGGCUUCUAUAAAUUUGAGGAGAUGAAAACCUUCAAAACAAAACUUAUCCAACUUAAUAGUUAAGAUUUGUGCCAAAUCUUUCUUGAAGCCAUUAGAUUGUUGCAGUGUAGGUAUUCAGUAGCCUCUGAUAACCACGUGCAAUUCUCAUCUUUAAUAAGACUAACAUAACCAAAUAAGCUAUGUAUUUGGUCAUUUAAAUGUAUUUCAUAAAGUAUUUUUCUAAUCUGGCCAUAAUUAUAUUUCCCUCAUUAAGUCUGGAUAUCUUCAUAUAUUGUGACUUGGUUGAAAAAUUACUAGCCUUAGCAUUUUACAAGAAAAGUCCCUUUCACUAUAGUACUUCUAUAGGAAGAUAGGAAGCUUUUAGUUCAAGUCAUCCCCUUGAAUAGACAGCUCAAUAAGCCGUUUCUUCAUAUUGAAAUGGAAAUUGUUUAGUAAUAAUACAGAACAAAUUAUAUCACCAGAAAAGUGUAUGUGUGUGUAUAUAAUGAGCCAUACAAACAAACUUUAUUUAAAUUUUAGUAAAACGUUUUGACAAGCUUUUAGGAUUCAUUUUGCACUAUAUUUUUUUCCCCUCUUCAGUGUGCUGUUUUACGAAAGAAAGUUUGCCUUUUUCAAAUGUGAAUAGGAUCGGGUGAGGCCUCCCAAAUAUAUCAUGUAGGCAUUAGAAAUUUGUUAAGCUCAGAGCAAUUGAGAAACAGCAGGUUUUUUUCUCCUCUAAAGGUUGGUAGGGAAUAAAAAUAGCCACUAGAGGGCCACAGUCACUUAAUUACUGAGCAACAUACCCCUGAGAAUUGUUUAAAUCAGAAAAGCCAAAUGUUCUUGGUACACUUACUCUCAUUUGUGAGGUAGUAACAUAUAAAUAUGAAACUACAGAUAUAUGUGGCCUGGUAUAUUCCCUCUCUUGAAAAAAUGUUUUCUGUUGUCAAUAUAGGGGCAAAACGAACAGUUCAGAGUUACAUUUCUUUUCUCAGGUUUUCAUUGUCUGACACUUUGCCAUUUUUUACCUUAAUAGUCAAGUUUCUUCCCUUAACUUUGGGUGUCAGGUAUUUUGUCUCAGUAACAAGAAAAGUAAGGCCCCGUCCAUAAAUCUUCAAAAAAUUUUUUUCAGUGCCUCCAAUGUGCCAGGCACUAUAUUAGGAUACUAAGUUAUUAAUGUAGUAUGAACAUGAGUAUGACAUUAUUUCUUUUUUGUUUUUUGAAAUAAAAUGGAAGUUAAGUCUUUAUUGGCUAAAAAUAGAUACCAAAAUCUCAAGUACAAAAAUCUCUAGACAAAUUUUAAAUAAAAGAUUGUGUGUGACA